AUGGAGAGCAGAGGAAAGACUUUGAUGGAGCGGUAUGAGCUAGGGAGGUUGCUGGGGAAAGGCACGUUUGGCAAGGUGCACUAUGGAAGGAACCUUGAGUCCAACCAGAGCGUUGCUAUCAAGAUGAUGGACAAGGACAGAGUGCUCAAGGUCGGGCUUUCUGAGCAGAUAAAGCGUGAGAUCACAACAAUGCGGUUAGUGGCGCAUAAGAACAUUGUUCAUCUUCAUGAGGUCAUGGCGACAAGAAACAAGCUAUAUAUUGUCAUGGAGUAUGUGAAAGGUGGUGAGCUCUUUGACAAGAUUGACAAGAGUGGCAAGCUCACAGAGGCUGCUGCACACAAAUACUUCCAGCAGCUCAUUAGUGCAGUGGAUCACUGCCACAGCCGAGGUGUCUAUCACCGGGACUUGAAGCCUGAGAACCUGCUGCUGGAUGAGAAUGAGAACCUCAAGGUGACAGAUUUUGGACUGAGCGCACUUUCAGAGUCAAAGAGGCAAGAUGGCCUGCUCCAUACUACCUGUGGAACACCGGCGUAUGUAGCUCCAGAGGUGAUCAGCAAGAUAGGCUAUGAUGGUGCAAAAUCAGACAUCUGGUCUUGCCCAAACUUGAUGGAGAUGUAUAGGAAGAUACAGCAUGGUGAUUUCAGUGCCCCAGUUGGUUUUCACACAAACUUGUUGUACAAGAUCCUCGACCCCAACCCGAGCACAAGAAUUUCAAUUCAGAAGAUAAAAGAGUCUACCUGGUUCCGAAAGGGUCCUGGGGAGAUCCGCGCAGUAAAGGAGAAAAUUCUUAAUGAGAAUGCCACCACAAAUGCUGCCCCAGUGCUUGCUACUAGGCGUAAGAAGAUUGCUCACGAAGAUAUGAAGCACCUGGCUGCCACAAACCUAAAUGCCUUUGAAAUUAUCUCAUUCUCGACAGGGUUGGACCUGUCUGGUCUAUUUAUCAAAAAGGAGUGUAGAAAGGAGACAAGGUUCACUUCAGAUAAGCCUGCCUUGGCCAUCAUCUCAAAGCUUGAAGAGGUUGCAAAAGCACUGAAUCUCAGGAUAAGGAAGAAGGAUAAUGGCAUUGUCAAGAUUCAAGGGAGGAGGGAGGGGAGGAAUGGUGUCCUUCAGUUUGACACGGAGAUCUUUGAGAUUACACCAUCCUACCAUCUCAUUGAGAUGAAACAAACAAGCGGUGAUUCAGUUGAGUACCAGAAACUGUUGGAAGAGGACAUCCGGCCAGGGCUGAAGGACAUAGUCUGGGCCUGGUAUGGAGAUGAUCUGCAGCAAAAGCAGGAGUAG